AUGCUAUUACGACCACGAAUACACCAAUCAAAACCAAUAAAGGCUACAACAAAUAUUGAUUCUUUUCCUGAUGCUGAUCGUGGCUAUAUUCUUGAUAGUGAUCCUAAUACACUAAACACUAAACCUAUUCGACCUAAAUUUUGGUCAAACUAUUUUGGCAGUACAAAAAGCUUGUUAGCGCAGCUCCUGCGGAGCUGAAAUGUGGAACUCACGAAUACCUUUAGCUUUGUUACCUGACGUAUCAUCUGUAUACUGAAAGAC